AUGUUCUUCGACAAGUUUCGGUUCUUGCUCUUGGGAAUCUGUUUCGUUUGCCUGACGUCAGUCCUCUCCAACUACAUCAUCAUUAACUUCACCUUCAUUUGCAUGAAAGACGAUCCAAGUGGCCUCGUCGACCUUGGAAAUGGGGUUUGUACUCAGAAUUUAGUCAUAAAGGAAUGCUAAAGAAAGUUUCCAAAAAGUCGUGAAUUAAAAAAAUUAUUCGAAAGAUUUUUCGCAAAAAAGAGAUCGUCGAGGCUUUCCCACGUUUCUGAUCACAGUUUCAUUUUGUUCCAGACUUACCACAACAAGUUUGACUACAGUGUCACCGAGAAAAGUUGGAUCGUGUGGGCGGUGGCCGCCGGCACGAUCCUCGGCACAGGUCCAAUCAACUACGGCUACAUCCGUUUCGGAGCACGGUUCAAUUAUCAAAAACGCUUAGGAAGACCCUUCAACACAACUUCAGAUGGCCAUUUUUUAUCGCCGGCAUUACCUCAGUCACGGCCACAUUUCUCACUCCGGUGGCGGCGUCGUCGGGUCUACCUUUCCUACUUGUUCUCCGUUUCGCUCAGGUAUUCCUCAUUGCAUCAUAUUCCAUUUCCCUCGGCUGGAAAAGACGAGGCACGCCAAACGAGACGCAUUUUUUUGACGCGAAUUAAAAAAAUCUCCGCGUUUUUUUAACUUGGUCUACGUUUCCACAAGUAUAACUUAUUUCACAUAAAAUUCCUUUAAAAAUUUUUUGUUUUGUUUUUGUCAAAUUGAUGGAGUUAAUCAUCGAAAAAGAGAGAUCAACUAAAAGGAUAACUUCUGAAUUUUCGCCAGAAACGUUUUGAAAAAAUUGGGUGAAAGAUGUUCCCGUGUGUUCAUUCAAAAGCUAUCAAGAAAUUGUAAAAAAAAAGAAAAUUGAGUAGUUGAAACGGAGGCUCUCUUUGGAGUUUGUAUUUCCGCAUCGCUACAGCGACAAAUAGCUACUGUAAAAAUGCGUCCAUCGCCUUUCUCGUGAGAAAAAUCUGACUAUACCGUUUCUAAACUCUGCAGGGUCUCGCCUACGCCGCCGACUUUGCCGCCAUCGGAAUCAUGUGUGUGAGAUGGGCGCCGCUGAGUCAGACCGGCCUAUUUAUAGCCGUCUUGACCAGUUUCACUCCGGUUGCGACGGCUGUUAGCAAUGCUGCCACCGGUUGGGUGAGUAAAUUAAAUCGAUAGUUAGUCCAAAAAGGGGUUCCAAAGCUAAAAUAGUAUCAUGGAAAGCAAACAUGUUUCAGUUGUGCAGCUCCUCUUUGGGCUGGAGAUCUUCCUACUACAUCCACGCCUCAAUCAGUCUUGUUGCCUUCGUUCUAUGGAUCACUUUUUAUCACGAUGAUCCUCAGGUAAAGGAUAGGUGAUUCAACUUGUAAGGAUUAAAAAACUGUCGAUUUUUCCCAAAAUUCUUUUAAAUUUCAAGGAGUUUAAAGAAUAUAAUCCACGUGAGGAAAAUGGAACACAUCCAAAGGUCAAACCAAAGAAAAAAGAAGAGCUUCAAAUUUUAAAAAAAUUUUCAGCGACAGUGUCAUUUUUUUCAUCGUACAUUUUGAGUUUGAAUUUUCAAAGGGAUAACUUAUCUAAAAAUGAAUAUUUUAUCAGUUCGGAUAAAAAUUUUAAAGUAAAAUUUCAGGUCCACAAAAGCGUGUCCGAUAAAGAGUUGGCCAAGAUACAAAAAGACAAAACACAGGCUCACAUAGAAAGAGACAGCUUUGUCCCUUAUUGGGUUUGAAAAUUUUUAUCCUUUCACAAAAAUCUUGGUUUUCCAGGAGAUCAUCAAGAACAAGGUGAUCCUGACUGUUUGGGCAAACGCCUUCUCCGAAAUGGUCUCCGUGACGGUUCUCCUAACUUAUUCGCCAUUGUACUUUCGCAAAGUUCUUCAGUUUAGCAUCGUGGAAACAGGUAAAGUUUAUAAUGGUUAUCUAAAAUUCUUGAUGACGAGGGAGGUUUUUUGAGAGAGAGUUUUGAACUUUCCAUGAUCUCAACCAAGCCCAAGGUCCUCCUAGUCGCUGAGCUCAAAGAGGCGAAUUUUCAAAAUUUCAUCAAUUUUCGGGUUGAACAGAAUCAAAAAUUAUAUUCCCAAACUAAAAGCUCAAUUUUUAAUCAUGAAAGAUUUCUACUCUUCUAAACACUCCAGAACGGAAUGGAUUUUCUAAAAAAAAACUAUUCAGGAAUCAUGGUAUCAUUGAGCGCGGCCGUACACAUUCCAGUGAAAUGGGGCGCCGGAUUUCUUUCCGACAAACUCACGUUUGCAAAAAAACCUUUUUUUGAUAAAAUUCUCAAUAAUUAAGUUGGGACGAGAAGUAUCGCAUGUGGCUGUUCAAUACUACUUCCGUUGGUUUGUGUGGCGUUUUUUGCUUCGCCAUCGCUUUCGUUCCGGCAGAGUACAAAUAUACCAGUUGGUUUCAGUUCUUUCCAGCAUGAAAAAAAUCAUAAAAAUAAAAAUUUCUUCUUUCUUUUUUUGAAAAAAAUCUGUUCUUUUUUUCAAAUUUCAAUUGACAGGCGUGGCGAUUUUUCGCGAUAAUCUACGGUUUGAUGGGAACAAACUGCGGCGGAUUCUACAAAUGCGGGACUUUAGCUUCACGGUGAGGAAAUAACUCCUUUCAUCGCUAGCUUAGGGUCUUGGCACGAAAAAUUAGAUUUUUCGGCUAGAGAUAAUUUUUUUUUAGAAAAAUUUUUGUUCAUGCUAAUUUUUUCCUGCCAUCUAUGAUAAGUAGUGUUUGCCUUAUUACGUAAAAACAAAUUCUGGAAAUUGCUUUCAUUUGAAUUCACUAGAAGAACGUUGAUCCCUACAAGGAAGGUCAUUUUAUUUUGUGGUUCGGAUUUUUCUGAAAAUACGCCAGAACACUCCUCAAUGUUCCAGAUGAAGUUUCUGAACGUCUCCACCUGCACAAAUUCCCAGUUUCCGAGAAAUGAGGGCUUAAAUUUCAAAAAUAGCCUAUUUUCACGGAGUUUGAGGCGUCUUUUCCGAAAAACUAAGAAGUUGAGCGGUUUGAAACUUCCAGAAUCUCCUUUCGGUUCAUCAAUGAAUGCCUAUUUUGAAGAAAUUCCCAACUACAAAGUGAGAUGACCCUGUUUGGCUAUUUCUGUGAGAACUGACUUAUUUUUCGAAAUUGAAGGUGAAUAGAUUUCUCGUAUCAGCUGUUAUAGUCGAUUCACGGCUUGGGACACUAUUGGGGUGUGGCCUGUCUGGGCUCUCCAUGUCCUGUCUCUUUUCUUAUCGUGGCAGGACCCAUUUUUCGAUGGCCAGCCGUGAAUCAGCUAUAGGCUCACUACAAAUAUAUAUUGAAAAGGGCGAAUAAAUACGACAAAAACAGGCAAUACGCGCAUUUCGUCCUGGCGAUGAUCCAGUUCAUGAAGUGCAUCGCGUUGUUUGUCGCGCCUGCGAUGGUCGCCGUUUUCGUGAGCGACGAAGAAAGUCAUCAACAAUGGGGCUACGUCUACAUCGUCAACGGGAUCAUAUUGAUAGUGGUAAGUUUGAAGAGAAGGAUUUUGGUGAAGAACAAGUUGUGGAAGAGAAAUAAACUGUGUUAGAGUUCUUCGUUUCUUCGAAACAUGUGAGAUUUUAUCACGACCUUUUUUUACAAUGUUUAGCAGGUUUACUGACCAUCAAGUAACUAUAAAAAAUUUUCAUUUGGCAUUUUCCAAAGGGAAUCGCACUAAUAUUUAAUUUUUUUUUUUGUUCAAACUCGGACAUUUUUUGUUCAUUUUUCUGAAACUUUACUAUUUAGCAGACUUUCUAAACCAUAGAAAUUUCUAAAUUCUUGCCGAAGUUAAUCAAACCUUCCAAAUUAAUAUUUAAAAAUAAAUAAAUUUCACAGUACUGAAACUAUUUCAAAACAAAUCAAGAAAAACCUUUCAGGUGAGCGCCUUAUUCAUUCCGAUGGCCACGGAUAAGCCGCAGGCCUUCACCAACAUCACGAGAACUUCCAAGACGCUCGAGGUUGCUUCUGAAAACUGGAAUAUUUGGAAAAAUCAACCAAUUCCAGAAAUAUUCAACGUCGGCAUAG